AUGCAGAUUUUUGUGAAAGAGCUAGAUGAUAGCACAAGGACUAUUGACAUCCCUGACGAUUGCACAGUUGCUGAACUGAAGGAGAUACGGAAUAUUUUCCUUUUACUUGAAAAUCGCUUCGUAAUUUUUAUUUCAUCUCUUUAUACAUUAAGAGUUUUUCAGGCACUCUUAAAUCUUGAAGACAUAAUUUUGACGCAUGGUACACGUAUUUUAGAUGAUGAUAAGGCCCAAAUUAGUAGUUUUGGAGUUUCUGAUAGAGCAAAUAUUAAUGUCAUGUGCAGACUUCUUGGAGGAAAGGUACAUGGGUCAUUAGCACGUGCAGGAAAAGUUCGAGCUCAAACUCCAAAAGUUGAUAAACAAGAAAAGAAAAAGAAGAAAACAGGUCGAGCAGCGCGUCGUAUUCAGUACAAUCGGCGAUUUGUGAACAUAGCUGUAAGUGGAAUUGGUCGAAAACGCGGUCCGAAUUCAAAUGCUGCUUAA